AUGAGCAAGUCGCGUGUGGAUCGCUAUUUCAUUCUAACUCUGGAUUCGGAAUGUGAAUACGUCAAGGUAUCUUGUUUUUGUACACCCACAUAUGGAAUGCGUCUGCUUCAGUUGGCUGGCUGGAAACAAAAUGUGGAUCUUCAGUUUCUCCAUGUCGCUCUUAAUAGUAUAAAGCCAUGUGGUUGUGUUUCCCUCGGCGAAGGUCUACAACGAGUAUUCAAAAUGUUGAAUCUGAAUCGGUUGCAACUUGGAUUAGAAAAUUAUGGCAUGUGUCAACCAGCAGUAGUCGUUGAUUUUAACCACGAAAAUGAGAGUUCCACAGAGAAAGGUGACGGCUGUUUGCCUUCGUACUCCCAAAAACAAUUAGUGUACGUCAAAAUAUUGGGCCGCGUUUGCUCAACGUGGCCCAUUCCUGAGUCAUACUGGCCAGAUGAUGAGAUACUAUCCUCCCAAUUGCCCUCCCGAUCCGCCCACCCCAAAGUGUAUAUUUCAUCUGUACAGUUCCCUGCACCCAACAUACCGGAAUAUUUCCCCCUGGAUCGAUAUGAGUUGGAACCAUCACCUCUGACGAGACGAUUAUGUACUAAAGAUCCCAAUAUGGUGUGGCAGUGUUAUUGUGUUGAUGCAAAUCGCGGACGUGGUGCACCUUUUGCUUACCUGAAGGCUACAGGGGAUUCGCAAACAGUCCACCUGCAUGUGUUGCCGUACAACUAUCCUAAUUUCGCAAAGCUUCUAAAAAUACGCUCCAAGACGGAUAAGUUGACCUCUCGCAGUUCUGUUUUGCCUUACUGUCGGGCUUCUGAUAUUCGGCGAGGAGAGCUUCGGAGGGUUUUGAAAAAAAUGCGUCAUACGUUAAACGAUGUUUUGAAUGGUGUUGGUCUCAACUCACGAAAUGAUUUCACUCAUCAACAGCCCGUAAACCAGAUGGGCGAUUAUAUCAACUACAAAGGGUGUCGCACUUCUGAAUCUCCGUUAAGAGAAGUAAAUCCUGCCCCCGAGCGCCUAGAUACAUUUGGGAACCCAUUCCGUAAAAAGAAUGCUGCCUAUUUCGUUGCCGAUGAGGUAUUUGUCGACGAAAUGGGUAUUUCACCUGGUGUUCCUGGUGGACCUAAUGUGUCACUGGUUCCCCCCAGUCGUCGAAAACAAACCCCGAAUCCCCAAGGUCCAGUCGUGAGAACAAAAGAUGGGUCGCAUAUUUUUCAUCGUUUAAACGAGCUAUCCGGUUCAUUGGGACAACGAUACGCCGCCGUCUCCUUCGUUAUGUCGGAAGCAUUGAGCAAGGCAUGUGUGGUCGGUCAUAUGGACACACCGGCCAGAGCGUUGUCAUUCUUCCAUCAGACGAGAGCAUUCUUCAAUCAAUUAAACGACCGAAGCUGCACUGAUGUGUUUCUACUUGGAGGCGUAAAUAGUGAAGGCAUUCAAGACUAUCGAAUACUAUUCGUGACAGUAGGCCAGUUGCUACAUGACCCGGAGAGAAACUUCGUGGUUAAACUGUUCUGUGUCGAGAAACUCAAUACUGUUUGGCUUUCGUGCCCUCGGGGUCCACGUCGCGGUGUGCUCCUCAACUAUCCCGCUUCGACUGGGUUGGUGUACAACUGGCGUACGCGAACCGCGACCCCGGCCACUAUUAACUGGAAAGCUCGUGGCCCCGUGCCUGCACUUCGUCUGGCUCGUUUACGAAGCCCAGAAUCUUUUAACUCGAUGGUGUCUGUUUUCGAUCAUUCAAACUGCUCUCUUUUUGUCAAACCUUUUGAAUCAUGCGUACCCUAUCCUGGCAACCCAGAAGAAUUGACGGAAGAGGUUAUGCGUGCCCAAUCUACUACUCCGGACCUGGAGCCACCUGCGUACUUCGAGGGUUGUCGAGCAGUCGCCCUGCUUACCACGCGCUAUCCUCGUGUGUCAUUUUGGUUCCCUAAUAAUCACCCGCUUUUAUUUUCUCCCCGUGGUCACAGUGAUACUGACACAGAUGGAGUGUACUGGAUACCUGUCGAUACAGCUUCUGCUUUUGCUCAUAAUCAUCCCUUGACCGCGGUCACCGAGUUGACAAACAAUGACUAA